AUGUGUGGAAGUUAUAUUUCAGAAGUAUUGAGUCCACAAAGCACCGGUAGCCUUCGGUCAUUGCCAGGAACGAAGAGUCCGGUACUGUUAUCGCCAAGCAAAGAGUACUCUAUGGAAGUAGUGAUUGGUACAAAACAAGGCGUCCCAAGUACCACAAAGCCGUAUCGAGAAGUUGCUGAACCGAUACCACAGCCUAUUGUAACCGAUAAGGCUCCCACAGAAAAAGCAAAGGAAAUAACACACCACGAUGAUUUCGAAAAUUUCAUGAAUCAAAUCAAGGAAAUGAAGGAGAGAAGACAGAAGGAGCGUGAAAGAAUGGAACAUUUGCGUCCGAAGAACAGAUACGAUGAGGAUAUCAGCUUUAAAAAGCCAGAUAUUGACGAAGAGGAGUUCCCGUGGGAGAGUCAUUAUCAGGUUCCUUAUGUGUAA